CAUAUUAAUUGAAAUGCCUGCAUGCGAAGAAGAGGACGGUUCGUGUCCCGGUUGAUCAUCAUAGCCUGUACUUUACUUCUGAACACUAAUUUUAUUACUUACUUUUUCAAUUAGUAUUUUUGUUUGUUUUUUGGUGUUAAGAAUCCCUGCGCCAUCAUGAAUCCGCCCUGUGGAAGAUGCAAUAAACCAGUUUACCCAACAGAAAAAAUUAAUUGCCUUGAUAAGUAUUGGCACAAAGGUUGUUUCAGCUGCGAGGUCUGCAAGAUGGCCCUGAGCAUGACGACCUACAAAGGCUUUGAGAAGAAACCUUACUGCAGUAUGCAUUACCCCAAAACUUCCUUCACCAUUGUGGCCGACACUCCAGAGAAUCUGCGUCUCAAGCAACAGAGCAUGCUCAACAGCCAGGCGCUCUAUAAGGAGGACUUUGAAAAGAACAAGGGCAAAGGUUUCAGCGUGGUAGCCGAUACUCCGGAGAUGCAGAGAGUGAAGAAGACUCAAGACCAGAUCAGUCACGCUCUUUACAAGGAGGACUUUGAAAAGAACAAGGGGAAAGGUUUCAGCGUGGUGGUCGACACUCCGGAGAUGCAGAGACUGAAGAAGACGCAAGACCAGAUCAGUAACAUAAAGUACCAUGAAGACUUUGAGAAGAGCAGGUUUCGAAGUGACGCACCUCCUCCUGAGAAUAGACAAGACUAUGAGGAACAACCCAGCAACCCUGAGAGAUUCAGUCAGCCGCCAGUCGGACAAACGUGUCCUGCUGCGGUAGCACCACCUAGUGGAGGGAAACGUUACCAGGCUGUGUACAGCUACACGGCAGCAGAUGCAGAUGAAGUUUCUCUGCAGGAAGGCGAUCUGAUCUUAAACGUGGAGCAGAUAGACGAAGGGUGGAUGUUCGGGUGCAACCAGCGCACGGGGCAGCGCGGCAUGCUUCCUGCCAACUACGUCCGACCCGUGUAAAGCUAAGACACCCCUUCAGCAUGAGAUGCCCCUUGUUUCUGCUGUGACCAUCAACAAUCAGGCCUAAACUCAAAAUCAACUCGUAGAAAUA